ACAUGGCAUGACGUAGCCAAUGGAAGGUUGAAGCGCGGCCUAGGAAGUUCAGAAAAAAAGGUGUUACCGGAGAGAAGAGGGCGGGGUGUUUGCGGUACCGGGGGAGGUGCGAAAGAAGCGAAUUCAACCGGUACCGAGAGAACAGGCAGUUACCUCCCGCCACCAUGAGCACCAAGCACGUGACAUGCAGGUAUUUUAUGCAUGGAGUUUGCAGAGAAGGAGCAAGAUGCCUAUUUUCUCACGACUUAUCAUCAAGUAAACCAUCAACUAUUUGCAAAUUUUAUCAGAAAGGGCAUUGUGCUUAUGGUUCUCGUUGCAGGUAUGAUCAUGUCAAGCCUUUAGGUGGUGCUGUUCAUUUCUUUCAAGAACCUUCAUCACCAGCUUUUGAGGUUCCGCCCCUUCCUCUGACGCAGGAGCCCUCAACUCCCGACAAGACAGCUCCUCAGCGGCGUGAAAAGAAAAACCUUGUACUUCGAGAUCGAAAUCUCUGUGGGUCAUCCGAUGAAAAUCCAAGUUCAAUUUCAGCUGUCAGCGCAAACUAUUGCAGUGACCCUCCAGUAUCUCCUCUGGAAGCGAAGCCACAUUCUUACCUAGAAGCAAUUUGCACAGGGCUGGAAGAGGUUGAAGCUGGAAGCUCCUAUGUGAAUAAUUCCCAACUCCUUUGCCCUUAUGCAGCAGCCGGUGCAUGUAACUUUGGUGAGAGCUGUGAAUAUCUCCACGGUGAGGUGUGUGAAAUCUGUGGACUGCAAGUGCUUCAUCCAUACGACCAGGAUCAGAGACAAACACAUGAAAAGUUGUGCAUGGCAUCAUUUGAACAUGAAAUGGAAAAAGCAUUUGCUUUCCAGGCAAGCCAGGAAAAAGUGUGCAGUAUCUGCAUGGAGAUUGUAUAUGAAAAACCUUCAACAUCUGAGAGGAGAUUUGGGAUCCUGUCCAACUGCAAUCACACAUACUGCUUGACGUGCAUCAGACAAUGGAGAUGUGUGAAGCAGUUUGAAAAUCCAGUGAUCAAGUCAUGCCCAGAAUGUCGCGUAGUAUCAGAGUUUGUGAUCCCAAGUGUGUAUUGGGUUGAAGACCAAAGUAAGAAGAAUGAACUGAUUGAGGCUUUUAAGCAAGGGAUGGGGAAAAAGUCUUGCAAGUACUUUGAUCAGGGUAGAGGAACGUGCCCAUUUGGAGGGAAAUGCCUUUACUUGCACGCUUAUCCUGAUGGGACCCGGGCAGAACCAGAGAAACCUCGGAAACAGCUUGGAUCAGAGGGUACUGUUCGGUUCUUUAAUUCUGUCCGGCUCUGGGAUUUUAUUGAAGAUCGUGAAAACAGAAGCUUCCCUCACACUGACGAUAAUGUGGAAGAUCUUGGAGAUCUCUUCAUGCAUCUUUCAGUUGAUCAAGAGGCAGCUGCUUCAAACUGAGAUCUUGUCAUAAUAUUUAUUAGCAAAGGUAGAAUACAGUUGCUUGUUUUGAAUUAGUUUGACAACAUGAAGUGUCCUUUUCAAUAAGAAAAAUAAUGUUUUUGACUUGAUCAUUGGAAAUUAAAAAAAAAAUUCCUGUGGAAUUAAGAAAAAAAAAAAACUUGUGAUAAAAUGAAUCAGACGUAUCCUAGUGUUGUGUGAAAUCAAUAUGAUCAUUGUUUAUGGAAACUCUGUAACCAAAAAAAUGCACAACUUUAAAGUGUAGAUUUUAAAAUGCUAAAUUCACCAUUUAUGUCUGAAGAAACAUUUCCUUUGCUGCAUUUCAGAGUGCCGAUGCUCUUGCUAUCGCCAUCACUUUGCACUGCCUUCGGAAUAAUCCGGAACAGAUGCAAGGGUAACUCGCAAGAACUCACCUUUGAAAACUGUAGAAAACACUGUCAGGUGUGCAUUUGAUGCUUUGAAAUACAGCAAACAAAGGAUUUUUUUUUUUUAUAAAUGGUAUUUUAUUUAGCAUUUAAAAAUGAACAAAUAUUGUAUUUUUUUUAACUGAAUUAAUGUCAUUUUUACUGGCCCAGGUAGUGAAUAACUGUAUUAAACAAGUCAAAAUUUUCUGAGUGAGAUACGUAUCCACCAUAUCACCUCAAUGAUAUAAUCUGUGAUACUGAGCGCUGACAAAAGAACCAUGAAACGCCAUCUUAAAUAUAAAAACUGAACUGUCA